ACAGGACCAAGUUGGAAAAUUUGUGCGGAAAAUCGUCUGCCAGCAAUAGUAUGGCUGAAAAUCGCUUCGACUGUAUCUUUAUCACGAUCAAAAGCUGGUAAAAGUUAGCUGGAGCCGUUUUCCAUUAUUGUUGUACUUCCACGGAGUAGAGUAGAGCUGAGUAGAGUAGGAAUAUUGGUGCUGGGAAAACUAGCUAGUCACCACCACCCACCAACCCACUAAAGAGGAUGCGUCCCAAGAGGAACCACUCCCAGGAAAUCUCCUAGCCUUGCUGUAGCCUGAAGUGCAUUGAAGAAGUUGAGUAAUUGCCACUGGCGAGGACAGCUAAGUUUCUUUUGAUCGAACUGCAAAUUGAAAUAGAAAAUCAUGCCGGAACACCUGGAGCUACAGCAGUUGGUGGGUGGAGUGCUUCAGGGAGGCGUCCGACAUCGAUCACUUAGUUGGCUUCAGUGCUCGUGUCCUUACUUGGGAAUAAUUUUGGCCACCGUUUCGUCGCUCUUUUUCUCGCUUUGUUCGGUGAUUGUUAAAGGAUUGGUCGAUAUCAAUCCGAUUGAAUUGGCCACUUUCAGAUUCAUCGGUGUCCUGCUGCCGUCGAUUCCGAUCGCCCUCUACAAGGAGGAGAGCUUUUUCCCACGAGGUAAGCGAAUCAUUUUGAUACUACGAUGUUUUGUCGGAACGACUGGGCUGAUGCUGAGCUUCUACGCCUUUCGUCAUAUGCCGCUGGCAGACGCUUCGGUAAUCAUAUUUUCCACACCGGUUUUCGUAGCUAUAUUUGCGAGGUUGUUCCUCCGGGAAGCCUGCGGAAUGUUCAAUGUGAUAACGAUACUGCUAACAUUGGUUGGAGUAGUGCUGAUAACCAGGCCACCGUUCUUUUUCGACGAUGAUUCAACCAGCCUGGUCGACGAACAGGUCAUUGAAACCAACUACGAUGUGUGGGGUCCUGUGGCGGCCCUUUCGUCCACACUGUUCGGUGCCAAUGCGUACGUUUUAUUGCGAGCACUUAAGGGACUGCACUUUUCCGUGAUUAUGACUAACUUUGGAGCGUUUGCAUUGGUUUAUACACUCAUUGUUUGCUACUAUCUGGGGGCAAUCUGUUGGCCUUUGUGCGGAUCCGAUCGGUUGCUGGUGAUAGCGUUGGCACUGUUCAGUUUUGGGGGCCAAAUUUUACUUACCCUGGCGUUGCAAUACGAGCAGGCUGGCCCUGUGGCAAUUGCUCGUUCGGCGGACAUUGUAUUUGCCUUCAUUUGGCAAAUCAUGUUCUUCAAAGAGACCCCCAACGUGUACUCGGUUCUGGGAGCGCUUUUAGUUGUCAGUUCCGUGAUGCUAUCUGGGCUCAGAAAGUGGGCCCUUGCGUUGCCGAGAGAUUCGGAUUUGAGAAAACGGUUAAAAUGUCUGUUCAUAGAGUAAGCUUUUCCGAUGCUCAAUGGAAACACUGUGUUUGAGCAGCCCCAUACUAGCCUGUAUUAUUUAACUUAUACUAACUCACACAAGUACAGAACAAAUCAAACUAUAAACGCUACCAAAAAAGGAUAAAAGAAUACUCGUAAAUACUUACUUUUGUAAUGGUUAGACAUUAUGUUUUUAUCGUAAAUAUAAGAAGGAAUCUAGUCGGGUAAGCAUAGUGGAUUCCAAUCAAAACGAAAAGGAACCCAUCCAAGGAAUUGUGAUUGUCUUGUGGACUUACGGUGCAGGAGGAGCUGAAUGUGGUGGGAAGUAUAGUUUAAGCAAAUCGUGAUGUUUAUGAUCUCAUUCAAUAAUCUCUCGAAAUCUGUACAGUGGUGGUUGAGGCAUUGGUAUUAGAUUCAUCGUUUUUUCUUCGUUUUCCUAAAUUGUGUAUCAAUUUUCGUAAAAUUUCACCAUCGCAAAUUUGUUUUUAUAAUUGAUACUUGUUAAUAGGUUCGAUCUCGUCCGUUAGAAAUUUCCAGUAGAUUUGGCCGCGACAUGUAGAAGAUUCUCUCCUCGCUUAAUUUCUUCAAUGGGAAGGGAAAUAAGAAUAAAUGCUUCUUAUGCAAGACUGUCAGGUACCGCAUAACUUUAUGCCGCAAGCGAAAGGCUCAAAGCAGUCCGAAAAGCAACUGGAUGAGGGAACAAGGGAAGAGAAAUAAAACCAAGACAAAGAACAGAUUUGUAAAACUGAGUCAAUAGAAUUUUGUAUAAGUCAAGGGCAAUUCGUUAAAGUUAAAAGAACUUCUGAGAAGUGCAGGGAAAAUUUAUUGAACACCAAGGAACUUUAUAGACCUUUAGGUAAUUUUAUAGAAGUGCAGCAAUUUUUAUAAGAGUUCAGCUAACAUUGCAAAUGCUCAGCAAACUUUGUAAAAAUACAGCGAACUUCGUAGAAAUUCAAUGAGCUCCGUAGAAAUGCAGGUAAUUUUAUAGGACUUCAGCAAAUUUUAUAGAAGUUCAGAGAACUUCAUAGAACUUUGUUGAAAUCAGGGCUGUGGAGUCUGAUCUAAAUUGACCGACUCCGACUCCGACUUUAACAAAAUACAUUAACAUUUUACUAUAAUGAAUUCCGGUUGUUUAAGUAUUGAAGGAAAGAUCAGGAAAUAUAUUAAAAAAAACAUGUUAAGUACAUUAAAGCUAAAAAAUAAUCAUGAGGAAUGAUCUGGAAAUUUAUUGCUUGAUUUUGAAGAUAUUUCAGAUAUUUUUAAAGAGAUGCACUGAAGAGUUAACUUAUUCACAUACUUCUUACCAAGGAAUCAAAAAUAUCUCAAAAUUACAAAACAACAAACGAUCAACGAGCCAAAUCAUAAUGCAUUGUCAAUAAGGGCAAGUAAUAAGGACAAUAUCCUCAUGCAUUUGAAAAACUCCGUCUGGAACUUGAUCGGAACGGCGGAUGAAAAAAGUUAAAUUUAAAUCAGGGCUGUCAUUUCAUCAUUCCGAUCAAGUUAUGUCGUCAACCGCAAUUGUUACAACAAAGAUUGCUAGAAAUUUUGUCUAAAUGCAGUAUUAGUGAAGAACUUUGGGUAAUUUAUAAGUAUAAGUUAGGUACGGUCGUACACGGUUUUCUUGUGCUGAUAGUUAUAAUUUACACACUCAGAAAUUAUUGUCGCUUUCGGUAAUAUUUUACCGAAAUCAUAACAGCUGACAUUUCUGUAAAAAUUACCGGAGUCGGCGAUAAUUUCAAAGUGUGUACUAAAUUCUUGCACACACACACACAAGCCUUUAGUCAAACGCCAGAGAAGUCUAUUACAGAAAGACUUUAUCACAGCUUUGCCGGAUAUACCGAUUUAUUUAGAACUUGAUAUACAGAUAAGGUUCCUCAGAACACCGAUUUUUAUGAUGUUAGCCCGAUUUAUAUUGAUUUUUUUCAAUAAUCAAAGGCUUUUAUUACCGAUGUCACUUCACGGUGAAGUGACAACUUAACACUCACCGCUUUACGGACGGAUCGCGAUCACGGGCUGGAGUGGGACUCGGAGUGGCAGGACCAAACUCCGCAACAAGUCAAAGUCUACCGGAGGAGUGUUCCGUUUUUUCCGCAGAAGCCGCUGCUAUUCUUGAUGCAGCCAUCACUCCUGCAGAUCAACCGAUCCUUGUGCUAACGGACUCACACAGCGUCAUCCAGGCGCUGGAAGCCGAAGCCCCGCGCCACCCCUGGAUACAAGCCAUUACACGAUAUGCCCCACCCUCAACCGUUUUUACGUGGAUUCCCGGGCACUGCGGUGUUCCUGGAAAUGAGGCUGCGGACAGGCUGGCGGGAUCCGGUCCAUCUGGUCCCCGCUUCACCAGGAACGUACCACUCCUAGACGUCAAGCGUUGGAUCGCGAAUAUUAUCAUGGAAGCCUGGCAGGAGCGAUGGUUUCAGUCGCGGACCACUUUCCUGAGAAAAAUCAAAGAAACCGUACGACCCUGGCUAGACAGCCACAAGUCCAAGGACCAACGGAUCAUUACAAGACUCCGGACCGGCCAUGCGAGGAUUUCCCACAAUUUUGGUGGGACACCCUUCCACAAGGUUUGUCCAAUCUGCAGUAUCCCUGCCUCGGUGGAACACGUGCUGUGUGUCUGCCCAGAGUUUCAAAGGCUACGCGAACAACACCGACUCCCAGAGAACAUCAGGGAGCUACUUGGCAACGACCCCUCGACGCUGGCUGCGCUGAUUGCUUUCUUGAAGGACGCCCACCUGUACAACCAAAUCUAGCACUCUCGUCGUUGGCUGCGCUGUCCGUGUUCUUCCACCUUCCUAUUUUCCUGCCUUCGGGGUAUCUCUGCCGGACUGGGGCACUGUCUCUUACGGUGGAGCUCUACCUUUUUCGCGCAUCCAUUCCUCACCACAGUCCCGAUGUAACUCCCAUUUUACAUUAAGUUUUUUUUUAAAUGUUGUUCCAGAGCCGGUUUUACGUUACGUUAAUGUUAGACUGAAACGUUUCCUUAGAGGCAGGCCCUAAGCCUGACCUUCUACUAUCAAAUGUGAUGAACUAGCCUACGGCUAAAAAUCACAACAAUAAAGAAAAAAAAAAACUUAACACUCACUGUGCAGUGAUUCCCAUUUGAUUUACACGGCAAUCACUUCACCGUGAGUGACAACUGGUCACUUCACUUCGUUUUCACCGUAAAGUGACACCCGUAAUAAGGCCCAAAAUGAUAAUUGUCUAAACUCAACUGUCAACUAUUGUGAGAGACUUUUAUUUUUUUGGAUGUUUUAAAUUUUCAGAGCCUUGAAGGAAAUUAUUCACCUUUAACAAUUUCUUAUGCUUGAUAUUCUUUCGACUAGUGUUUCCAUUUUCUCGCUGUUUUUGAAACAGUGGAUCAAAUAGGUUCAUCCAAAUGUUUAUGUUUUAACUGUCUGAAGUUUAUUAAAUCUCUUCUCUUGGAAGUUUCUUCAAAAUUUCCUCUGGAAUUUUCUUCCAAAUUUCAAUCAAAUUUUCCGUACCCCUAAAGUUAUUUUCCGAUUCCUCCCGGAAAGUUAUUUCGACUUCCCUUGGAAGCUUCUCCUAGAAGUUUCUAUCGACUGCCCCGUAAACCCUCUGGCUUCCAACUUUCUCCAGAAGUUAUCUUCCAGGAACCUUAGGAAGUUUCUUCCGUCUUCUCCAGGACGUUCUUUUAAACUUUUACCGGAAGUAUCUAUAGAAUUCUUCCAGACGGAUUUUGUCUUCCUCUGAAAUAUUUUCUAUAAGAUUCCUCCGGAGGUUUUUUUUCCGAUAGAAGGAAGAUUUUUCCGAGCUGCUUCUGACUUCCCAUAGAAAUGGCCACUUCUAGAAUUUUCUUCCGAAACCUUCCGGGUUUCGUCUAGUGUCUUCCAAUUUCUUCCAAAAGUUUGUUUAUAUUUUCUACAAUAUUUUUCAUGAAAGUUUCUAGGAUGUUUUUCCAAUUUUUAUUAAACUUUCUUCAAACUUCCUCCAGAAAAGCUUCUUUCUUCGUUCUCAGGAUUUUUUUCAGAUUCCUUCAGAAGCUAGUUCAAACAUUCCUUCCUACUUCUGUUGGAUGUAAAUUUUCCGUUCUUAGUCCGAAAGUUUAAAUUUUCGCCUUCAAAAGUAGCAAAAAUAUAAAAUUAAUUAAUAGGGGAAUUUACGUAUUCUCGCAACCUAAGCAGCGACCUUCUUUCUAUAGCCUUUUUCUCUAAGGAACGCAAACAUAUGCAGUAUUGGUUUGUUUACAAUCUUUUGCUGCCAGCUGCUCUAACAAUUUCAGUCGAAAGAAUUGUCAAAAACUGUUUUGAAACGCUUUUACAAAGCUCCAAUCUUCUCUAGUGAGAGCGAGUAUUGUCGGCAACCAGUUUUUCUUCGGCAACCGUUCCAUUUGAACUGCAUGUAAAUCUGCUGUUCUAUUAUCGGCAACUCGAAAUCAGCUACAAUUUGUAGAGCGUGUGUUUCAUUUCAAGAAAACCCUGCUAGAUUGCUUUUUCUCAGUGGUAAAAAUAUAGUCAAAUUGAAGCUGAAAGCAUAAAGAAUCGAUUGCAUGCAUUCAGCGAAGUGUUUUCGUAAGAAAAUCCAGUGAAAAUAGUGUUUCAAUUUGGGUUGCCGAAAAUAGUCUGUCAUGCCGAAGCCGUCAUUUCCCCUAUAUGUUUUAAAAACCGAUCAAAACCGAUUUUUAAAACCUUUGAUAGCGAUAAGCUGGCAAAACAAUCUGGCAACGCUGCUUUAUCGUAGUAGUCGUAAGAAGCGUUUUGUCUUUAUUGUUGCUUGAUCUCUCUGUUUUGAUUCCUUGCGUCUUACUGAUGUUUUUAAAAUUUCUUGGCUAAUUUUUCAAAUUUAAAUAAAUGUGAAAGAUCCAUGUUUACUAAUGGAACAAGAAGAUAUUUGCUGGAUGAAAAUACUGAGUUUGAACAAUUCCAAAUGCUUUUGAGUAAUUUUUUUAAAAAUUUUGCUGAAUCAAGCUAAAGUGUAUAUAAUAAUAGUAUAAGUUCAUUUCUUUAACUACAUCAUGGCUUCACCGGAGAAAGCACGUUGCGAUUCGAUCCUUCACGCUCUAAACGAAAAUCCCGGUUCAUCCGCUCCUGGUAGUUUUCGAUCAAAUUCCUGGCCACAGCUUCGAAUUAAAUUGAUUUUAAAUUAAAACCAAACAGCUUCUAUCGAAAUUUAAAAAAAAUCUUUUAGCCUAAUUUAUCUCACUUGUAAUACAGAUGGACAAAUAUUUGAACAAAUAUUGUUGGUAAUUAUAGAUAACGGUCAUCAAUUUUAAUGGAAAAUUGGCACAAGUUCGAACGGAAAUCAUCACAUAUUUCUAAGAUCUAAAUCAACAGUAAAGUUGGAUGUAGACGGUGCAGGUAAUUUCAUUGUUCAGACCAAAUCAAAUUGAUUAUGAGCCAGAAAAGUUGAACGUGGAACAGAUUUCAAGAAGCUCUUGUUAAAAAUUCAUUCGGACUCGGUGCUUUUUAUUCGACUCCGACUCCGGCUCCUUAUGCUCAAAAAUGCUCAGGUCGAUCAAAACUGACGAUGGUUACAGUUUUUUGGUCAUGAUUUCCAUGAAUGAGCUUAAAAUAUGAAGUCAAAAUAUUAAUUUCUACAGCAAAAAUGUUGUUGUUUGCUUAAAUAAAAUAAAUAAAUGAAAGUGAAAUGUCUUCAAAAUGUCUGCGGGAAAAAUUGUCUUAACAGAAUUUAAAAUAUCUUCUCGACCAUCAUUCUUGAAUGGCUUUUGUGUAUCUGUUCGAACAAAUGCCGUUUCGCCCUUUUGAAAUGUUGAAGAAGAAUUGUAUUUCGUUGUGUUUGGAAAAGUUGACUACUUAAUCCUGGUUUUUUGCUAAGAGAAGAGGAGACAAUACGGGGGCGAAAACGAACCACUUUUCUGUCAAACGCAAACCAGCUCGUGAUUGGCCAAUUUUAAGUGCGUAAGAUAGAGAUAGAGAUAGAGAUAAAAGAGUAAGAAGCCAGUUGUCUCCUCUUCCUCUUAGGUUUUUUGUAGCUUCUGCAAAAUGGAAUGGUUGACCCCAUACAGUCGCCGGUGGGUUCAAAACCGUAGAGAUUAGUGCCGUUUAACACACGCACACUAGCGGGUGCAUCGCCGUGCAAAGUUGUAUAUUAUUUUCCUCUGGGUAACCUAAAAAAUGUAUGAAAUUUGAUCUAUCAAAAUGAGUUUAACAGCGAUUUGUUAUGUAUUUUCCUCGGAUUUUCUCUAACACUCUCUCACAUAUCGCACCAAUACAACCGAACGUGAAAAUCUCUAUAGAUAAGUCCUGCUGGAGAUUUUAUUCAAUUUGAAUAGCUUCAACUCACCGGGAUUGAGCGAUCGAAUUUGAACCGGUACGGAGAUUGAUAUCUUAGGAAAAAUCUGAUGUGUUCUUGAUCCUGGUUCGAAAAUUUUGUUUACGGGGACGUCAUAUCAUUUGAAUGGCUUCGUGUCGCCGGGUUUAAACGAUUGUAGGUCGCAGUUGUUUGUUGUGAUGUAAGGGGUACGGUGACCUAGCGGCGACCGUUUUUGCAGAAGCUCAGUAAGCAAUCGUGGGUUCUAUCCUAAGCCCCUUUACAUUACUGAGUAGGAUCGCGUCCUUCCAUCAUUUGCUUACCAUGCUUUAAAAAAUCGCAUCACUACCCAAAGUCAAGUCAGAUCUAAUGUCCUUUCUGUGACAAACGUGGAGAUGCUGAGGUAUACUCGGUCUCUAGUAUAGUAACAACGGAUGUCGAACUAACAAUCCUUCCUUUUCCCGAUGAUCUUAAGGACGUGGCCGGCGCCGUUAUUAUUUUUUAAAAGUAUUAAUUCGCCGGAAUUUGCACACUGAGAAUGGAUUGUUAAUCCCAAAUCCUUUAAUUUUUUGGUUUGUAUGAAUUGUACGGUUAUCAAUGGUCAUAUUUCAUUCUGUAAAUUUAUGAAUUUUCAAGCAUUUUUCAAGAUCACUAAUAUAUGAGUUAAGUAAGAUUUAUUAUUAUAGAUUUUAUUAAUAGGACUCUUCAGUCAGAAAUGAUCCAUAGUGAAUCGCUGUCUAAAACAACAUGACUUUAUUAAAUCAAACCGAAUUAUUCUUAGCUGCUACGCUUUACCCUAUUUUGAUGAAUCAGCAUGUUCCAUUUCUACGUCACGGUCCGAUCGAUGAUUCGAUGGCCCUCCGGUUUAUUUGGUGAUGUUGUAGUUCGGAUGUUUAUGUUGAUAGCUCGAUCGCUGUGCAUGAUAUUGAUGACAAUGUCGUUCGUUGUUGGAUGUUCAAUUGCUUGGUGUAUUGGACUUCGAUCGUUGUUUGGUGUUGAUCAAUUACUGUAUGAUGCCUGUCAUUUGUAACAGGUACGGAAUCGCCGGUUACUUAUGUAAUGGCCAAGACUUUAAAAGCCACACUCGAAAAAUAUUUGAUAUUAAACAAAUAUAUAGGUAUUGGUCAUAUUUGACAGAUUUUUGGGAAAAUCCACCAAGUUAUUUACAACAACGCUCUCAAGAACGUCGCCCAAUUAAAAUUUAUUUGCAAAUCAUGCAAAUAUUUUCAGAAAGCGUCUGCAUCUAAAGCUCUAAAAUUAUGUUAUACUAUUGGGAAUGUAUUCAUUUUGAGAGGGUCUCGAAAAACUUCAGAGUUAAGCAUUUGUUUGAACAAAAAUUUGACAUUGUAUUAAAACAUUACGAAUUUUGGUACACGCAGUUAACACUAACACGCAGUAUACUACGGUAAAUGAAUUUAUACAAAUAUCGCACCAACAUUUUUGCGUGUAAAAAAAAGCAAAAAGCAGUGAUUCCAAAUUUUUCGACUAACUACUGACUACUAACAGAUCAUGAUAAUUGAUUUAAAAUUUAGAAAAACGAAAAGACCAUACCAAUGUCCACCACUGUAUACGUGACAUGUGAUCAGUUGAAUAACCGAAGCAAACGGUAGAGGGUAGCAGUCGGAUCAACCUGUCCAAUGGUGCAAUCAUUGGAGAACAAAAAAAGAGAUCUCAUUGUAGCGUUUAAGGUGCAAGCACGUUAUCGACCAACUUUGUAUAAACUCGUAAGAAGUCUAAGUAUCAAAACGUCCUCCCAUUUUUCCCCACUUACGUAAUCUUUCUAUAGCUAAUGAAAUCUUUACGCCUACAUCGUGCUUGUUUUGUAACAAAAGUCACAAAGUAUCAAAAAAAAAUCCUUUAGCGACGAAAAGGACGAAAAGCACAACCUUUCAGUUCAUCUUUUGAGUGAACGAAAAAAAUCUUUAGAUAGAAUUUCACAUGAAAAACAAACUCAACUUGUGCCAUCUUGCAAAUAAUCAACCUAAAAGAAUUACCAUUCAAGGACUUAAUAGUAAAUCCAAAAUACGAUGAUAGUAUCACUUACUACUAAAAGUAGCUUUAGCAAGUCGCUGCCGAGCUUAAGUUCAAUAUGCGUGAUGAUUGUUUAUAACACAGACAGGGCAAGAAUUUGCUACUUAUAUAGAAUUAGUGCAACUUUUUGCGUUACCGUACAGAAAGAAAUGUGAUUGCUACUAGAUCUUACGAAACAUAAUUAGAUUAUUUUUCCCGAGUACCUAAUUUUGUUAUUUAUACCCUAAUGGCACCAAAUCAAAAACAAGCUAGGCUACAGCAGUUCAGUUUUGUUAUACCAGUUCUCGUUAUAUGGAGAUAGUGUGAGCAUGAAAUUGAAAUCAUGUCACGAUAGAACGAUUCAAGUGGAAAAGCAAACACAAAAAAUAAGAGAUAUGGACAUUCUAGUCGGAAUAUGAUGUACAUUAUAAUGAAACUAUCUUAAUGCUAAAGAAAUAUCUACUAAAUAUUAAAU